CCCCGACGCAGCUCCGUCAGACGCAUCCCGUCCCUCCCGCAGGCGAAACCUGGUCGGCGGGCACUCGUAGGGCUUCACCAUGGCGCCGACCGUCUCCGCUCCCUCGCCCAGGCCAGUCCCCUGCUGGCGCCCCCGCGAGCACUACCUUUCCCCGCACGCAGAGGACGACCCCGCCAAGGACACACCCGAGAGGCCCUUCCUGACGCCGAGGGAGACCAGCGCGAUGUCUGACGCCGACACGGAGGGCAGCGCGAACACCGGGCGCAGCAGCCAGCCCCAGAGGACGAACUCGCUGACGUCCUCGGAGAGCGACGGCCCGAGGAUCGUCGUCCACACCACCAGCGAGGAGGACGAGGACGAGGACUACGAUACCUCGCCCAACCCGCCCCUGCCGCACCUGCUCAGCGUGCUGGGGGCGGAGUCCGUCACGUCCACCGACGUCGGCUCCGACUACACGAGCGAGGGCGGCGAGUCGGGUCAGGAGAUCGACCUCAAGAGCGUGACGCCCCAGCUGAUGCGGGCGCUGGUCAAGCAGGUCGAGGAGUACCUCAGCGACGAGGGCCUCACCAAGGACCUCUUCCUGCUGAAGCACGUGAAGCGCCACCGCGAGGGCUUCGUGUCGCUGAAGCUCCUCUCGGGAUACAAGAAGAUCAAGAAGCUGUCGCGCGACUGGCGUGUGCUGGCGCUGUCGCUGCGCACGUCGCUGGUGCUGCAGCUGAACGAGGAGGGCACGAAGGUGCGGCGGGUGGCGCCCCUGCCCGAGGCCCUGCGCUGCGACACGCCCACGUCCCGCGCCAUCAUCGCCGUCAACGUCCCCGCCGAGCACGCGUCCAUGGAGGGCCUGGCCACCCUGUUCGGCGUGUACGGCCCCGUGUCGUCCCUGCAGGUCAUGCGGCCGAAGCCCGGCGGGGGCCUCCCCCCUGAGCUGCAGCCCCUGGCGGUGCGGGUGCCGGAGGUCAGCAACUCCACCUGCGCGGUCAUCGAGUACGAGGACGUGUGGGGGGCGGCGCGCGCCCUGCAGGAGCUGGACGACCCUAAGAUGAGCCUGCACGUGUUCCGCCGCGCCCGCAGGUCCGAGCGGAAGGCCUCGCCGACGCCGAACUCGACCCCGAGGCUGCACAGCAAGUGCGAGUUCGGCGUGUCGGCGGAGGAGCUGCGCUCACGCCUCAAGGGGAGCAAGUCGCGGCUGGCGCACCUCAGGGGCGAGUCGAGCAACUCCGAGGGCGAAGACGGCUCCAACUACCAGCGCAUGCGGUCCUGGCGCCAGAGUCCCUCCCGCCUCACGCCGCAGCCCACCGCCCUCCACCACCGCCGCGCCUUAAGGACCGGCAGCGUGUCCGUGCCCUCCUCGCCGGCCUCCUUCCGGCGCGUCCUCCACCAGCAGCAGCAGCCCCAGGGCGUCACGCGAGAGCCGAGAGGCCCCGACGGGACGCGGGGAUUCGCGAGGGUUCGCACAUGAGCUCCUUCACCCUCGCAGAUCCUUCAAGACGGGUGCUCCUCCCCCUGCAGACGCCUCCUCCGUGCCUUGCCCUGCGUGAAUGUGUGCCAAGUAUCUAUGCUGGCGUGUUCAUAUGGUCCUUGUUUGUAUGCUAUUGUUGGUCCUAGACUUAGUAUAAUGAUCUGUAAAUAGAUAUGAAAUCAAAUUAGAUAUUACGCAAUAAUCAAAGUAUCCAAACGUGUGAUAAAAUGUAAAUACAAAACUGUUGUGAUGUUUUUGCAAGCCAAAUAAACGCUUUUAUUCUUAAA